AUGUUACUGUUAGAUAGCUAACGUUAGCUAACCCAAUAUGCUAAUCACGGGAGUGUGUUAACCAUGGUGAUCUAACUACUCGCAUAUCAACUAACUAGGUAGCGAGCUAACGUUAGCUUGCGUUUUCUAACUAGAUUGAGGGGUCCCAAUAUUCAUAAAUCAAUUAAUGUAUUUCCAUACAUACCACCUUCAAAGUUGAAGCAUGGUUCAUUUUGUUUCUGGUCGUGCCGACAAGACUGUCACUCAAACCACCCGACGGUUGUAAAUCAGCUGGAUCUCAUGUUAUUUAAGUCUCCAAUGGGGAAUGAUUUUUUAUUUGGGAUUGAGAGGGGACCAAGAAGAUAAAGAGCUGGUCCUUCCUUGGGGUUGCUGUGGAAUAAUGCCCCUGGUGAUUGGAGUUACACAUACCCCCUGUUUGUGAAUGGCUGCUUGUAGAGGGGGUGUCGCCUUGUGGGUGGGGUGUGUGAGGAGCCAUGGCAAAAGGCAAAGGCAACAGUGCUGGAGUCUUGUUCAGGCGAUGGAUGUGCAGUGGAGUGGACAGAUCCAGUCGCUCAGCAGCAUAUCAUGGGCCCUGGUUCCCCCAAACAGUCUGAGGUACCAGAACAUCAAGCAUCUGGCCCUGUCACACCCCUUCCACCAUGCCAGCCAGGGCCAACCCCACAGCCAGAGGCCCCCGGACCUGGACGAGGACUGGGAAGAGACAGUAAGCCUGUGUGUGCUGGUGCAGCCUGGCCCUGGGGAGUGUGAUGGCCAGCACACCCUGGUGGAGAUGCCUCUAUUUGGGCAGACUAAACUAGGUGAACUCCUGGCUACGGGAGGACUCAGUAGGCCCGUGGAGUUCCUCUUCCCCUUGACCACAGUGGACGGGAGCCGAGAGGAUGACAUCAGUGUUGGGACGACUAAGGUUCAGGCGGAAGGUUCCAAGACGAUGAUGAACGAGGGAGAGACGGAAACAGAAAAGAGGGAGAGAGGAUCAUUCCGGAGCCUGUUUGAGACAGAAGGAUGUCCAGCUCCAUUUAUGAAUGGAUCUAGGUUCUACUGCUUCCACUGUCCUGGGAUGGAGCCAUUGCCUGGUUAUGGGAACAAAUCGGGCCAUAUGAUUGGACUAGAGAAGGAGAUGUCACUGUUGCUCCACACCUCUCUGUAUAGUAGUUAUGCAGAAAGAAAGACAGUCAAGGGGGGUCACAGCGACAGAAAGAGGGAGGACGAGGAGAAACUGGCAUUGAUGUAUGAAAAGCUGAGAAUUGAGCUUCCUAGUUUCUUUAUGAAGAGUCAUGACUACACCAUGUACACAAAUGAUAUUGAGUUCGUCAACUGUAUUCUAAAUGCCAAGACCAGGGGCAGAGUUCUGUACCAGCUGAGCCUGUCUCUGUGGAGGCUGCUGUGUCUCUGUUACUAUGCUGAGGCCCAGUUAGAGGUACUGAAACUGACCAAGCACCCAGAGGACAGGACCAUCAAGGCCAGGUGGAGUGUCAGAGGACUGCCCUUUCUCUCUCUGCUGCUGAGAUUCUACCGCAAGGACAAAACUGACCUCUACAGGUCAUAUGAUGCAUUCUCUACCUUCUACCUUGGCCAUGAUGGACUCAUACAUUGUCACAAAGUGGAAAAAGUGAUGAAAGCCCAGCCGCCAAUUCUGCCCGGGGUGACCACUCUGUUAGCGGGAGCCCUCGUGUCCCUGGGGGUCCAGGAGCACCGGCCAGCCCUCAACCUCAUGCCCCCCUUGCUCUCCUCCCGACAAGGCCGUGACUGAUAGAGAUGGAGGGUCUGGAGGAACGAGCAUGUGUGUACCAUGAGAAGUAACGGGGAGAGGGGGAGACAGGCAAUCAGUGUGGAAAAAAGUUUCCCUAUUCACCCAUACAAUGCCUGCUCUGAAAAUAACUAUCCAAAACCGUUCCCUCUCUGGACUCACACAGCAAUAGAAUAGCAGCUACUACUUUAGUUGAAAUGCAAUCCAGGACUUCAGUUUAUCCAGUAAGUCAAGUCGAUACCUUGAGUCAGUUCCUUGUUAACGCACAAACGAUUGCACAGCGCUUGUGUGAUGUUGAACCACCUUCUGGGCCUAUACGCUCACACUACAGUCUGCUAAAUGGCAUAUUAUUGGACAAACCUAUUUUCACUGCAUUACAUGAAGCCUUUAUUGCUUUUUUUUUAAGCAUCGUUUAAAAACAAUUCAUGCCGGAUUAAUAUUUAAGUUAGACUGAUUUCAUUAAUGAAUCCAUUUCUGUUGUGUGCCUGGGAACUGGGCACACAUGUCACUGGUGAACGCGUUGAUGUAACAGUUGGCACACAGCCCAAGGAACCCCGUAUUGAGGCAAGACCACAUUCUAUAUAGCCAGUUGGCCUAACAGACCCUAUGAUCAGUGUACCAUCAUUGAAUAGGUUGCUUUAUGCCAUAUGAAUGCAUGAUGUCCGUCUGUAUGAACUUCAUGUCAAUCUCAUUGAGCCGUAACUUUCACAAACAACCCCAUCCUACCCUGGUUAAACUGCUAUGGUCCUUCCGUGUUGAUUGCUAACUGGCUGUGAGGGACAGGCGAGGCAGCUGCGUUGGACCUGACCUCAGUUGCAUGACAGGACUCUGGAUUCAGGUUUCUAAAAAUAUGAAUUUGUCAGUUCGGUACUGACACUAUUUUCUGAUGGAAAACAAGUGGCACCUGAACACUUGAUUGGAAUGACAGUUUACUUUCAGUUGAAUGGUUAAAUAGAAAAGUAAUAAUUGUAGAAUAGAGUAUCUGUACAUGUCAAUGCAACUCAAUCUUCCUCCAUCAUUGUUACAGUAUGCUUCACUCAACAUGUGUUCUCAAACUAGGUGACAGCAUGCCACAUGUUAGCACUACCAUUAAUAUUCUAACAUUUACUUGAAGGGGGCAUACAUAACACCUGUUGAAUGAUACUUGUAAAGGUGUUAUGACUUCAGAAAAAAAAUACGAUUUAAUUAAAUCGUUCUUACCUAGUGCAGUGUUGCUACUUUAGGAUUUAACCCACAGCUGGUGUGAAACCUGGUUGUCUGUGAAUAAAACAAACGACUGAUGUGUA